AUGAACAAAAACGGAACAGCUAAAAUGAAUGAUAAUCAAAUUAGAGCAGAAGGUAGAAGGUUAUUUAAACGCUUCUAUAACAUUCCUGAUGGUGCUAAUCCUAAAACUCGUAGAAGCUAUUUAAAUGAAGCAAUAGAUGUAUAUGACGGGUUUGACAUUUCAUCAGAAAGUGAGAGAUUAGCGAGAAUGUUAAAUGUUAAUAUUGAUUUCUAUUAUUGUGAUCCUCAACCAGAAGACGUGGACAUAAAUAAGGUAGACUUUCCAUUAGUGGAAUCAAUAAUGAUAGAUCCAGAAUUUGAAACAGUAAAUAUUUUAUUAACACAGAGUCCAUGUGGAAAACUUCACGCUGACAGAAUAACAGACGUAGAAGCACUCACCGGCUAUAAAGUUUGUCCAUAUUGUAAAGAAGAAGUUUAUUCUAUCCGCGAUGAUCCAAAAAGGAAAAACCAAAGAAGAUUUUUAAAGCAUUGUGAGAAAUGUAAAGAAAAUAAUGGAAGAUUAAUUCAAGACGUUCAAUUGCAAAAGAUACAGCAACCAUAUGCACCACAUAUUACGAAACAUAAGAUAUAUCAGUGGUUAUUAGCUCACAAUUUGCAGGAAUAUUAUAAACCGACAAGAUAUUAUAUUACUUUUGACUUUGAAACAUUAGAGACUAAAGAAGAAUUACAACUUUCUGAGUGUGCAACUUUGAAUGCUUACUUAAAACCAUUCAUGGUAUCAUCAACGGUUAAAUUAAAUGAUAAAACAUACACGAGGAAUUUUUGCUUAACUUCGAGUGAUUCUUUUAUUUCUGAUUGGAUUGAGUUUUUAUUUUCAACCUGUUCAUUAGUUGUUGAAUCAAAUAUUGAACAAUAUGAAGAAUUAUUGAAGCCGCAAACGGUGGGGACUUUGUCUCAUACAUUAAAUGAAAAACAGAAGGAAGCAUUUAAAGAACUUCUAGAUGAGGAAUUCAAUAAAGUGAAUAUCAUAGGUUUUAAUUCGGGAAAGUUUGAUUUAAAUUUAAUUCUUCAUGAUUUAAACACUGCAAAAUGGAAAAUAAAAUCGAUGCUGGGUUCAUCUUCACAAUUUAAGCAAAUCAUUGUAAAGAAAACAAACGUUCCAUAUGAAUUGAGAUUUAUUGACAUCAGAAAUUAUAUAGCGGGUGGGACAUUAGAUCAAUUCACUCAAGAUUUCGGAAACAAUAAAUCACGUGUUAAAUCCUUUUUCCCUUAUCAAUUUAUCACAUCGGAGAAUUACGAAGAUGAAUUAUAUAAAGUGGAACCAUUCACGAAAGAUUCAUUUUAUUCAGCAUUAACCCAAGAAACUAUAUCAGAUAGUGAUUAUCAAAUAUAUCUCAAUGAUGCUAAAAUUUUUAAGAAUAGAUUAGAAUAUUUUAUUCAUUAUUGCAAUAAAGAUGUUGAAAUUAUGAUUGACCCAAUUGAUAAAAUUAUUGAAGAAACAUUUGUUUAUAAAAUUGAUAUGCUUCAUAAUCUUUCUUUAUCAUCGAAUGCUUCAAUGAUUCGUUACGCUUUAGCAUAUAAAGACUUUAAUCCUAAUGAAAAAUAUCCUGAGGAAGAGAUAA